CCAAGUGGGAUGAAGCUGCUGCUGUCACCAUCGCCUUCCUGGUACUGGGACACCCCGACCCCACACUGGGCUGGCACUGGCAGCUCUGGAAGAAAACCCACGGCAAGGAGCGUUGCCAUGAGAGCAGCGAGGAGGUGGCAGCUCUGUUAACUGGGCUGAACGUUCGUCCUCAACCAAAGUGGAUCUCCAAGUACCGACCACAGCCUCAAGGCAAAGCCCUGGAUGUGGUGGACUGGAGGGAGAAGGGAUGCGUCACGGGUGUGAAUAACCAGGGCGCCUGUGGGUCGUGCCGGGCGUUCAGUGCCGUGGGGGCCCAGGUGAAGCUGAAGACGGGGACGCUGGUGUCCCUCAGUGCCCAGAACCUCGUGGACUGCUCCAGGAGCUACGGGAUCGAAGGCUGCGGUGGUGGAUGGAAAAACAGAGCUUUCCAGUCCAUCAUCCACAACCAAGGGAUUGACUCGGAUGCAUCCUCCCCAUGCACGGCUCAGGACACUGCCACCAGCACAGGGCCCAUCUCGGUCAGCAUCGAUGCUGCUCAGCCCGCCUCCUUCUACAAGGCAGGUGUCUACCACGACCCAUGCUGCUCCCAGGCAGUGAAUCACGCCGUCCUCGUCAUCGGCUCUUCGGAUGGGGAGGACAAGUGGCUCCUCAGAAACAGAAGAGUUAGCAAAAUCUGGCAGGGGAGCAGUCAGGAGGUCCAGCCUUUUUGGCCAAAAGAUGCGGAUUUGGCUAUUCCCGUGGCUGCUGGGGAGGAAGAACGAGUUUAA